UUUUCAAAAGCUGGAUGAUCUGAAAAGGAGGAAAAGAGAGCAGGAAAAUCGAAAGAGGAGAGGAAUUUGUCUCGCUCACCAUGCCAAGUCUGAUCUCAAUCGCCGCUCCACAGGUGGAUGAAUUCAUCACCUCCCCGAAGAAGCUCAAAGCUGCGGCAAUUCGGCACAGCAGGAACUCCCGGUUGUGGAGAAGGAUUCAAAGCACCACGCUGUGGCUCUUCCUCAUCGUCAGCUUCACGCUCUUGACCAUGAUCAAGUCGGUCGUCAUCUGGCAUCCGGGAAACCUCCUCAAAAAUCCAUGUCAAACGGUAAGAACCAUCUAUGGAAUUCACCGGCGAUUGAUCACGGAGAACCUCAACCUCGAUCCCGCGAGCCACCGGCGGCCUCAGCAGCAAUUGCCGCUGAUGAUCCUCCCUCUCAAGCCGCACGAAUUGCCCAAGAACUUGAGCGAUUCGGAGAGGGAGUUUUGGAAGCAGCCCAACGAUCUCGGGUACCGACCGUGCCUGGAGAUCAGCAAGGAAUAUGCUCAGGCAUCUAGCGCGAUCAUCCGGCAGAGGAGGAAGUAUCUCAUGGUGGUCGUGAACGGAGGAUUGAAUCAACAGAGGAACCAGAUCGUCGACGCCGUGCUCAUCGCCAGGAUUCUCGAGGCCGCGCUUGUGAUUCCAGUGCUGCAAGUCAACCAGAUUUGGGGCGAUGAGAGCGAAUUCUCGGAGAUUUUCGAUGUGGAGCACUUCAAGAGGAUCUUGAGAGACGACAUCAGGAUCGUCUCGUCGCUCCCAUCGACGCACGUCGUGGCGAGGCCAGCGGUGGAGAGCAAUAUGCCGCUACACGCAAGCCCUGACUGGAUUAAAUCGCACUACACCCGAAAGCUCCGCCGCGACGGCGUGCUGCUGCUACGCGGAAUGGACUCGCGCCUUUCCCAUGAUCUCCCGUCCGACCUCCAGAAGCUCAAAUGCAAGGCGGCAUUCCAUGCGCUGAGAUUCGCGCCGUCGCUGCAAGCUCUCGGGGAGAAGCUCGCGAGGAGGAUGUGGGAAGAAGGGCCUUUCGUGGCGCUCCAUUUGAGGCUGGAGAAGGAUGUGUGGGUGAGAACUGGAUGCCUGCCGGGAUUGAGCGCGGAAUUGGACGAAGAAAUCCGGAUCGCCAGGAUCAAAAGCCCCCAAUUGCUCACCUCGCGAUCCAACAUGACUUUCGAGGAGCGACGUAAGCAGGGACUCUGUCCCCUCACUGCGCAUGAGAUCGCAAGGACAUUGAGAGCACUGGGGGCGAAUUCAAGGACUCGGGUAUUCUGGGCUGGAGGAGAGGCAUUUGGAGGAUCUAAAUCGCUGGAGCCACUGAGGGCAGAGUUCCCGCUUCUCUACGACAAAUUCUCCAUUGCUGAGCCAUGGGAGAUGGAGCCAUUCAGGGAAAAAGCUUCGAGCUUGGCCGCGAUUGAUUAUAUCAUCACCCUCAACAGUGAUGUCUUCAUCCCCUCCCAUGGUGGAAACAUGGGCCACGCUCUCCGGGGUCAUCGAGCAUACGUUGGUCAUCGCAAGUACAUCACGCCACAAAAGAGAGAUUUGAUCCAGCUGUUUCUCAAUUCAAGCUCCAUGCGCGAGGAAGAGAUAAAUGAUGAGAUCAAGAGGCUCCACUCUGAGGCCAAUGGAAGACCCCAGCUUAGAAUGGAGAAACCAACUAGGGAUGUGCUCGGUUACCCUGUACCUGAGUGUAUGUGCCGCUCAUCAAGAACUUGGCAUGCUGUUGUUUAGAAUUUUUUUUAAGAAUUUCUUCCAAAAAAAGUCAUUUUUGUGAA